CUCCCGGCUCCCCGCCGCCGCGCGGGGCUCCCGGACGCGGGCUCCCGAUGAGUGGAGUCCCUGGGGUGUGUCAGGCGGGCGGGACUGGACCGACAGGACUGGAAGGUGGAAGGUGGGAAUCCUGAAGGGGGCUGCACCAGAUGGGUGUCCGGUGACAGGGCCCCUCUCCUCGGGAAGGCUGGCAGACUGGGCUCCAACCACCACUUCCGUCCUUUUCAGCUCCCACCAGCAGGUGCGCACAGCCUGCGGCACCCCCACCAGGCACCAUGGACUGGAAGACGCUGCAGGCCCUCCUGAGCGGCGUGAACAAGUACUCCACGGCUUUUGGGCGCAUCUGGCUGUCGGUGGUGUUUGUCUUCCGCGUGCUGGUGUACGUGGUGGCCGCGGAGCGCGUGUGGGGGGACGAGCAGAAGGACUUUGACUGCAACACCAAGCAGCCGGGCUGCACCAACGUGUGCUAUGACAACUUCUUCCCCAUUUCGAACAUCCGCCUCUGGGCCCUGCAGCUCAUCUUCGUCACGUGCCCCUCGCUGCUGGUCAUCCUGCACGUGGCCUACCGGGAGGAGCGCGAGCGCCGGCACCGCCAGAAGCACGGGGACCAGUGCGCCAAGCUGUACGACAACGCGGGCAAGAAGCACGGCGGCCUGUGGUGGACCUACUUGUUCAGCCUCAUCUUCAAGCUCCUCAUCGAAUUCCUCUUCCUCUACGUGCUGCACACUCUCUGGCAUGGCUUUGGCAUGCCACGCCUGGUGCAGUGUGCCAACGUGGCACCCUGCCCCAAUGUCGUAGACUGCUACAUCGCCCGGCCCACCGAGAAGAAGGUCUUCACCUACUUCAUGGUGGGUGCCUCUGCCGUCUGCAUCGUGCUCACCAUCUGCGAGAUCUGCUACCUCAUCUUCCACAGGGUCCUGCGAGGCAUAACCAGGAACAAGCCCCCAAAGGGCCACAGCCUCCCGUCCUCCACCAGCCGGGCCUCCACUUGCCGCUGCCACCACAAGCUGGUGGAGGCUGGGGAGCUGGGCUCUGAUUCUGGCGAUGACAAGAGACAUGCGUCAGCACCCACCAUGACCCCCAUCUGACCGCGGGCUGGGGAGCGACACCGGAGCUGCCGGUGGGGACACGUGGGGCAGUGCUGCACGGGGGGAAGGGUCCUACAGGUGCUGGGUGCCCCCACCUUGAAUUCACUCAUCUAUCCCAUUUCAGUUUUGGCAGAUUUUUUGAGCACUGGGCACUGUGCUGUCUACCCAGAUAUAAGUCACACCCCCCAGAACCAGCACCAGCCCUUGAGGAAGACAGACAUUGAAACAAGCAAAUCAAAGACUGAGUGCAUGAGAGGGGACCCCCAGGAGGCUCCCGGGAGGGCUUCCACCUAACCCAGGAGGGGGUGAUCAGGCGAGACUUCCCUGAGAAAGUAAUGUUUGAGAGAGGGGAGAAGGGCUUUCUAGAAAACGGCAGGUGCUGUGAGAUGCUUGCCCUGGUUUGGAUGCACCAGAUCAAAGGGAAUCUUCAUUCCCUUGGGAGAAGCACCCAGGUUCCUGGGCUGGAACGGAAGUAGUCUCUAAGCAGGGGGAGGUCCAAAGGCCUGAGGGUGAGCUUGUGAAGGGGAGGAGAAGGUGGCUCUGGUGAUACCAGCUACUGCUUGAGAUACUCAGGGGUCCUCCAGGUCCCCUGAGGGGUCCUCCAGGUUCCUCCAAGCUGUCCUCAGGGGAAGCCCCCUUUCACCCAAUCCUGCUCCGCCCAGGUUCAGACAGCUUUUCCACCAUCUUCUCACCACAGAUGUGCUCAACCUAGUGCCAGCCUCUCGGACCAUGCUGCCAGAGACUCAAGGUAGAUAUUCCUUGAAAUCAAUAAAGGCUGUGUUUUAUACA